UAUCCCGGGGAAGCAACUAGACGUUGAGUCGUUCAAGCGUAUCUUAAAUACGUAUUAUAAACAGAACGGCGAAUAGGAAGAAAAACGAAACUGGUACUAGUCAGCCGGUUAUUAUCGCCUAUCCCCGCAGGCCAGAAUCAAGUUUAAGCAAUUUCUACUUCUCUGAGGAUUACUUCAGCAUGGAACACGACACCUGCCAACUCCAAAGUGCUCUGAGGCGAUCAUCACGGCUUGGGCAAGAAGUUCUCCAACGUGCUCAGAGGAGAGUUCAUUGGUCAUUUGAUAGAUCAGGGAGAAGUGCAGAGUCGUCCAUUCAGACAGAUGAGGGUGAAACAGAGUGCCCUGACAUCGAUGAAGCCUUUGCUUCUCUUCUGCAUUGCAUGGCUUAUACCACAAGGCACUGUAAGCAUUAUUAUGAAGGUGUACCAAUAUGUCAAAGAGAUGAAAUGGAGGAAAAUCAUAUCCAACGCUACCACAGAGAUCUGAAAUGUCACAAAUGUUCACACCACAAAGUUCCUCUUAAAAGUAAUGACAAGGUUCACAUUCAAGUGGCCCCAGGUUCAUAUGCAGUGACAGGAAAAUCAAGAUCGUCUCUCAGAGAACAGACACGAGUCAUACACUUGGGACCAGAUCAAACCGUAGAGCUCAUUUUUAAUGUAUGAACUGUAAGGAGUACGGGAUUGCAAAAGUAAUGUACCCCCAAUAGCUCUUUUUCAGGGGAAGUUUGUACUUUCUGUAUCAGUGCAAUGGUUCUCAGGCACAUCUUAUUAAAAUGCCAUUUCCUUAUGGACAGUUGCAAAUUCUGAAGUAACUAUUUCUGAAAUGCCAUGAUGCCUAAUACACUUGAAUACAAUAAGUUUAAAACAACUGAGUCAUAUUCUUUUGGAAUUAUUUUUAUAUGUAACAAAUUUUAUAGAGCAUGAGUACAAAUCUAAUGUAUGCAUAAAUAAAUAGGUUAAUUUCUAAUGUGCUUUAUUAAAGUGUCUAACUAAAUCCAUUAUCAGUUCAAUAUGAUAAACAGUAAAAUCUAGUAGCAUUAGAUCUUGGAAAGUUUCAUAAUAAAUGAUCCCUGAAUAAUCUUUCUGCCUCUACAUUCCAUUGAAAGAAUCCAUUUUAAUAUUGCUACUUCAAACAUUUAACUCAUUAAAAAAAAAUCAAUAUUAGUCUUUAUAAAAUGGGAUUAAAAUGUAACGCAUUCUUGAAAGGUUAAUUUAUAUAUCUGCGAAUUGACCAGGCUACAAUUCAAAUAGAAGAUUAUUGAUCUUACAGCAGCCACAAUGCAAGGCCACACGGUUUCAUCUGAAAUGGACAAACUGUUACCCGUUGGCUCACAAAGACACAGGAGGUCAAAGGCUCAGAUUAGGAACAGUAAUCAGAAGUUUGAUCAGAGAGGUAGCUUUUAAGCCAAUACAGAAGAAGAGAUUGAUGAGUAUGGAGGACCAAUGCGACAACAUGGCCCUCAGAUUUUUAAAGAGCUGUUCUGAAGGUUUACAAACUGAUGGUUGGGGUAGCUGCAGGGAGAUCAAACUGCAAUAUUAAAACAUAAGGAAAUGGCAAAUAGAAGGUGGAACUCAAAGAUGGACAUGACAGAAUGAGUUGAUGGAACUUGAGGAAGACUGGGGCUCUGCAACUCACCAUUUGACAGAGUGGUUGAGGCAAAAACAUUCAUUUUGAAAGAUACUUACAAUAAUAUAUGAUGUGCUAACUCCUCAACAAUAUAGGCUAAGAAAUAGAUUAAUUGCAGUGACUUGGCUGCAUGAACAAGAGAGGCUAAAUACUGGAACCCUGUGCAUUAACUCCGUAAAAUUUAGUGAGACCUAUCCUGAGAAGGAAGAGGAAGGAGGAGAAACUUGCAUUUACAUUGUACCUUUCAUGUUUCUUUCAGAUCUUAAAUGUACUUCAUUGGCAAUAAAGUUGAAUAUUCGUCACAGUUGUAACGUAGGAAAUGUGGUAGUUCCCCCAAACAAUAUUGAGGAUAUAAUUAUCAUAGAUUUAAUUGUUUUGAGAUGUAAAAAGACAGCAGUGGCUCUAUUUUCCUCCCUUCAAAAUGGUGCUAGAGAGCCUUCCGAAAACAUCAGAAAGAAGGUACCUCUGACAAUGUAGCACUCAGUAUUACAUUAGAGUAUCAGCCUAGUUUUUUUAUGCUGAAGACUUCAAAUUAGGGCUGAAGGUUAGAAUCUGUUGACUUUGAUGAAGAGAGGUACCAGUUGAGCUAUGAUUUUUUUUAAAAAAGUGCAAAAGUCACUUUAGUUAUUAAAAGAACUAAUGUUUAUGUGGAUUAAAUUAUCUGUAUUAAAUGCUACUUGCAAAUGUGAAUGGAAUCUUGAUGUUGACUAUUUCAAACACAGCUGAUAUAAUUGAAACAUGACAGCUGGACUUCAAGAACAAAAACACUUUUGUGAUUAAUUGGCUGAUUUCCAUCUUAAAUGCAUCUAGUAAGUAGGCUAUAAUAUGAAAAUACAGUAAUCCUCACUGUUACAUGGCUCAUUUGAGUGGGGCUGUCAUUCAAAUAAAAACAUCUCAAUUUUUAAAAAUAUAUUCAAAGGAAUGGGGGACAUUUUAAGUUUUGCAGGAGUAAUCCCAUUUGAUCCUGGAAUACUUGUUAUUGUUUCAUACCAAAAGCAUUACAACAACCUCCAACUGGGGCUAGCCAAUAAGGACAGCAACAAGAGUAAAUAUUAUCUCAGGCAUUUAAAAAGGGGGAAAGAAUUAAUAGAAAAAAAGUAGUAACAGAUUAAAAAGUAUAUAUACAUAUAUAUUUUAAAACUACUAUUAUAUGUAUACAUUUUGGCGCAAUAAAGCAGAUGCCUCAGUCGAAUUUUUGUGGAAACAAUCAAGAAGGUAUAAUAAAACUACCAUUUAACUGAGUAACAAAUUACAUAUUUAAAUUACAGAACAAAUUCUAAUACUACCACAGUACUAUAAAACUGUAUUAAAUUCCUAAUUGUUAUCAACAAAUUAAUUUAUCCAGUGUACGCUGCUGUGUUUUUUCUUUUGAUUGACUGCAAAUGAACAAAAUCAGUGCAGAUACCUAAUCCAGAUAAUGGACUGCCAUCAUACAAUGCUUUCAACAAUUGUAUCCUCCAAAUCUUAAUUUACAUUGUAGCAUUCAAAAUUAUUGUAGACACCUUUAAGUUCUUCGUAGUUCCUAACUUGUUGAAGUAGUGAAAUCAUUUCAUUUUCACUUCAGCUUUAUCUAGCAUCUCUUAGCCUGAAUGCGCAAAACAGUUCUGAAUUGUCUUAUUGCUUAUUUCUCACCAACUGUCAGUAACAAAAAACACUGCUUUUUGAAUGCAAAUGCAUGCAACUGAUGCUACGUAAAAAUUGUUCACACUAAGCAUGGUGUAAUGUCCAAUAGCGUCCAAUGUGUCUGACAUUGGUUAGAAAUUGUUCAGCAACAGUCCCUUCCCCCAGUUAAAUGGCAAAGUGUCCCAAAUAAACAAAGGGAAUCCAGGCUAUUUUCUCAGUUAGUUUUGCUCUUUAAGAUUUGUCCCAAAUAAGCGGCUGGCUGGAUGCCUCAAUUUACUGAUAGCCCAAUCAACCAGAAUCCACAAUUCAUACAUUAUAUAUGUGUAUAAUGCCUAUACAAAGUAUUCACCCCCCUUGGAAAUUUUCAU